AUGUUGCAUCACGUCUGGAAUGCGUGGGCGACGGUGCUGCAGAGAAGGCAGAGCUGGCCGCAAUUGAUAGCAAUUAAGACGGCCGUGGCCGUGGGCCCUCAGAUUGGUGACAGCAUCUUUUUCGGGCGUGUCAGGGAUCGCAACAGGUGCUACCGGGUCGGGAUUGCCCCUUGGAUUGAGGGCCAGAUUUUCCGUCUCAUUCUGCAGCCUGCAGCUCUUCCGACGCAGAUUCCGACGGUAAAGUCAAGAAAACAGCACCUUCGACACGGUGUACACCAUCCAGCGACUGUGCGUCUCGGAGAUGGCGGCCACGAUCAGGAGAUGGAGAUGACGAGUGUUGAGAGAUUAUACUUGUCAGAGCGCGAUUCAGGGGUGGCGGCGGGGACCCCCCUGGCGAUGAUAGAGGACAUUGAUCUGCGCGAAAUGGGUUUCCGUUAG